GGUUGAUUAGCUUUGUCUGUUAAAGCUGAAACAGCAGAGAAGUGGUUGUUGGAUGAACAUGCUAACACUUAACUCAUGAGCUCUGUCUGCUUUCUUCUCUUUGUAUUUGUGUGAACUGACCGUUUCUUGAUCAGUCAUGCUGCCGCUGAAGGACAAGGAUAAACCCAUCGUCCAGAAGCUGCUCUCGGCCGGCUGCUGCGCUCGCUGCGUCCUCAGGUUCUGCUGCACUCGCGUUCAAGCCGCCUACAGACAACCAGAACAGGACACACUCAAGGAACUUCAAGCUUUCAUCUGCAGUACAGAAGAUUCAGCAGCAUCAGAGUCCACACAAGAAAAGGACAAGUCCCAUGAUGCAGCUGUAUCAGAAGCACCUGAAGACCCACCGAGCAAAAGAGCUAAACUGGACCCCAGUGGGACAGACGCUCAGUCAGAGGAAGGUGCUGCUUCUGUGGACAAACCGAGAGACAAAGAGACGCAUGUGUGUGUGGUGUGUUUGGGAAUCCUGCAGGAACUCUGUGGCUCGACUCAGGCUGUAAAGAUUGCAGAGGCAGUGAAGGCAGAAAGCUACGAGUUUGACACCCUGGUGCUGUCUGUGUCCCUGCCUGCUCAGCUGUGUGUCCGUGAGCACUCCUGCUGGCUCCAUGUGAAGAAGGAAGUAAGAGAGAAGGGCCUGGUGCUCGAUAAGGACGACGUCAUCCAGGUGAAGGAGGCCUUCAAGUGGACCAUGCAGGGCCUGGUCGCCAAGGAGCUGGGCGGCGUUGCCGUGGUUACGAAGAGCGCGUUCGAGGUCGGCGUGGAGUUCACUCACGAAGCCACAGACUCCGACUGUCACUUCCUAGCGUCAGCGUGUCCCGACUGCUUCAAACCCACCAAGAACAAAGAGUCGGUGUUCACCAGGAUGGCCGUGGUCAAAGCUCUGGAAAAGAUACCUGAUGCCAGAUUUCUGAAACACUACCCUUGUCCUCCAACGCAGCCGUCCAGCUGUUGUAGCCUUCAGGACAUCCAGUGUCUCCAUGUGUCUGUCUUUGUCGCAGGGAGAUACAACAAGUUCUGCCGCAGUCUGCCUCAGACGCCCUGGGUGAUCGAUGGAGAGAGGAGGAUGGAGUCUUCGGUGGAGGAGCUGAUCGCAGCGCCCGUCCUGUCUGCCUUCAGAGCCGACGGUUUUAAUUUCUCUUCCUCUGGCAGGGAGGAUGUAGACGUCCGGACUCUUGGAAAUGGACGCCCGUUUGCGAUGGAGCUGCUGAAUCCUCACAAAUCCAGACAGAGCAGAGUGGAGAUGAAGCAGCUGCAGGAGACCAUUAACACGUCUUCAGACAAAAUCCGAGUGAGAGACCUGCAGAUAGUUUCCAGAGAGGCCAUGAGUCGGAUGAAGGAGGGGGAGGAGGAGAAGACCAAGUCGUACACGGCUCUCAUCUGGACCCAGAAACCCAUCCAGAGAGAAGACAUCGCCUUCAUUGAUGACAUCAAGGAGCUGACUCUGGAUCAGAAGACGCCUCUGAGGGUCUUGCACCGCCGGGCGCUGGCCGUCCGACAGCGAGUCAUCCACAGCAUGAACGCCCGCUUCCUGGACCCACAUCACUUCUACCUGGGGCUGAAGACGCAGGCCGGGACGUACAUCAAAGAGUUUGUCCACGGAGACUUCGGCCGCACCAAACCAAACCUGUGCCAGCUGCUGAAGACAGACACGGACAUCCUGGAGCUGGAUGUGGAGUCUGUGGACGUGGACUGGCCUCCUGCCAUACCAGAGUGAACGCAGACCUUGUCCUGUGUCUGAGGGGGUCCGGUCUCACCGAGGCCGGGACAGCGGGAAUGUCCCGUGUGGACUCCUCUCACAGAGUCUGAGACUGAACACGCAUCAGUGGAAAUGGACAUGAGGACAGUCACAUGGUCCCGCUGCUGCUUUGUGAAGCCUGGCCUGGGUUUGUUUUGGUUCUGGAUUUGUCUUUAUGAGCAACAUGUAACUUGAACAGGACUUUGUCUUCAGUUGGAUCAGUUGACAUCUCAGACUCAGCCUGUCAGGCUCAGACCUUCACUCUCAGGCUGAUUCGGCGGCUCGUCCUUCCUUCCUCAAACCUUAAAGUAUAAAAAAAAUAAAGUUUGUGUUUUGCAGAGGGA